CUGCCCGCUGCUCCCAACGGAUUGGUCGAGACUCGAGAACUCGCUGGUUUGGGCGGUUUGGGAUUUGGGUGUUCGGUGCUGCCGCCAGCUGCCGCCGUUGAGGAGGAUUGAGGAGAAUCAACAGAUCCAGACUUAUCCAAUCCAAAUCCAUGUUGUUUAGUUAAUCCACGUGCUCCCUGCCUUGGCGUCGAUGUCUUGAAGAUGAAGAGAUACUUUGACACGGGGGCCAACAACAGACCUUCGGAGAGCAAAGUCGCUCCCGUCGUCAGUAAAGUAGCACCGGCGAAAAGGAAAAAGAAAGGAAAGCCGAAACCAAAGGCUAAAGGCCACGAUGACUCGGGUCCUCAAGGUUCACAUCCCGGACGUGCACCUGUGGAUGAAAGGAAAGCGGCUAAAUACAAGCGCACGAGUCACAUGUCACUUAGUGGUAUAAAAACGAAGCAGAAGCGUCAAACAAUCCGUGCUCAGAACAAAAAAGUAAGGAAAUCGGUGCUCCAAGCUGCACGUGCAGAGCUUUUGCUCCCUGAAGAUGUGGGAUACCUUGAGGCUGAUGAUGGAGAACAGACCCACAGGUUCUUCCAGCGGGACAUUGCCGAAGCCGUUGACAUCACAAGCGCCACCAAGUACUUUGACCUCAGCUUGCCACAGUAUGGACCAUACUCAAUCAACUACUCAAGAGACAGCAGGCACUUGCUGCUGGGUGGUCAUCGCGGUCAUGUCGCUGCUCUGGACUGGGUCACCAAGCACCUGCUGUGCGAGACCAACGUCAUGGAGUCCGUGCACGAUGUACAGUGGCUGCACAUGCCCACCAUGUAUGCUGUGGCUCAGAAGUCGUGGACCUACAUCUAUGACAACCAAGGGGUGGAGCUGCACUGCCUCAAGACCAUGGACAACAUCCUUAAGAUGACCUUCCUUCCCUACCACUUCCUUCUGGCUGCUGCGAGCGAGAAAGGGUUCCUGUCCUGGUUGGAUGUGUCUGUGGGAAAGAUGGUUGCUCAGUUUAGUGCAAAAUCUGGGAGGCUCAAUGUAAUGGAGCAGAACCCCUACAAUGCCAUCCUGCUCACUGGGCACACAAAUGGCGUCGUGAAGAUGUGGUCCCCGAACAUCAGGGAGCCGGUCGUGAGCAUGCUUUGUUCUAAAGCUCCGAUCCGAGACAUUGCCGUGGAUCAUCGUGGCUUGUACCUGGCCACAGCCUCGGCAGACCGCACCCUCAACAUUUGGGACGUCAGAACGUACAAGUGCCUCAACAGUUACACCCUGAAGGCUAUUCCCGGCCAUGUCACCUUCAGCCAAAGGGAACUGCUGGCCAUUUCAGUGGGCAACUUUGUUGAGGUGUAUAGAAACUGCUGUCGCACUUCGACCACGUCCCCUUACCUGCGGCACAAGGCUCCCUCGACCGUGUCGGCUCUGGAAUUCUGUCCCUACGAGGACGUGCUUGGCAUCGGACACCAGCGUGGCUUUUCCAGCAUCCUGGUUCCAGGAUCGGGCGAGCCCAACUUUGAUGCCUUGGAGAGCAACCCGUACAUGACCAAGUCUCAGAGAAGGGAGAUGGAAGUGAAGGCUCUCCUCGACAAGGUUCAGCCAGACUUGAUCUGCCUCGAUCCGAGAAUGCUGGGUAAGGUGGAUACGGAGGCAAUGCAGACCAGAGUGGAGGCCAACAGUAAGAAACUGUGGGUCAAACCCAAGAAAAUUGACUACAGCCCAAGGGUUGGAAAGCUAAGCAAGAGCAUGAAGGUGAAAAAGAUGCUCAAAGAUGAAAGGCUUAAGAAACACCUGCAAAAGCUGAAGAAGAAGGAAGGCAAGGAGUCCCGGACUACCAAAGUCAACAAGAAACCGAGAGACGUGUUGGACAGGUUUAAGCCCAAGUGAAUAAAUGACGUGAAUAGCGGUCUAUUUUAUUGGUGCUUGCAAA